CGCUCUCUUCCGUCGCGUACACACAGCAGCACGUACAUCCUUCGCGCCAUUGUUUAGACAUUCGCCUGCCGCCUUUCUGUCAAAGAUUGUCCUUGGCUCUCAGACAUUUCCCAAAACUCUCGUGACGAUGCCACCGAAACGAAUUGCAACGACCAAGGCCGAGUCAUCGACAGCCUCCGCGAAACGCAAAGCGGAAGAGGACGAGGGUGCAACAGCUAGUUCGGAGGCUGCGGCAUUCAAGAAGGCAAAGACGGAUGCGACAGUGGAAGAGUCAAAGGAUGGAGCAAAUCUUGCGCCGAACGGGCAGCCUACCAACAAGACCAUUCCCGUAAACGUACAGUUCCCACCGAAGAAGGCGGACUCGAUCCGGAUUGCGACGUGGAACAUAUGUGGGCUGGCUGCAAGCUCGAAGAAGGGCUUUAAGUAUUACGUUGAGGCGGAAGACGCUGAUGUGCUCAUUCUGACCGAGACAAAGGUCAACGAUAGUCCUGCCGACCCUCUCUUGACGAAACGCUACCCGCACCGGUACUGGUCGAUAUCGGCGAAGAAGACUUACUCUGGAACCGCCAUUCUGUGUAAAGUCAAGCCUCUAUCUGUGGACUACACUCUACCUGGCCAUCCGGAUCCGGAGCACGUGAGGGGUCGGAUCCUCACGCUGGAGUUCGAGAACGUAUACGUUGUAGGCACAUACGUCGUGAAUGCUGGUACAGGUCUCAAGACGCUUCCUGAGAAGAGAACAUGGAAUAAGCACUUCCACGCGUACAUUCAUUCUCUUGAUGCGAAAAAACCCGUGAUCUGGACGGGUGACCUGAACGUCGCGCCCACGGAGCUCGACCUCGCCAAUCCCAAGCCGAACUGGAACAAAACGCCGGGUUACACUGAAGAUGAGACAUCUGCGUUCAAACGCGUCCUCGGGCCUGAGGAAGAAGGGCAGAAGAAGAUGAUCGACGUCUGGAGGCACCUACACCCCAAAUUACGGCACUACACCUAUUUCUCGUACCGCCAGAACUGCCGGUCAAAGGGCGUUGGAUGGCGCCUGGAUCACUUCGUGGUCAGUGAGAGACUGCUCGAAAAGGUCGACAUGUGCGAGAUUCGAAGCGAGAUCUACGGCGCAUCGGACCAUUGUCCCGUCACACUGGAGAUUGGGAAACUUGGUGACGAGGGAUUGUAAAAUGACUGCGUGAUAUUGCAUUAUCCUUACGUGCUGACGAACUACAUUUACAUUCGCUAGAUAAGCUGUGGGACGAAAAUCUACCCAUUAUUACAUCUUGGAAUCUCUUCG